AUGGCUAUCUCUACAGAUCUCCGUAUUGGAACCAAAUCGAUUCGGACCAAGGCCGACUUUGAAGACUACGUUCGUCACUUCAACCGUGACGACAAGGCUGAGUAUACAGCUUACUACGCUAAAGAUGCUCUGUUCAGGUUCAGUGGUUUCCCCGACAGGAAUCUUGAUGAGUUCAUGGCCUGGGCCGAUCAGAUUCAUGCUGGUAUGCGUGAAACCCUCAACGUAGAGAGGAUAGUCUUUAGCCCGGAUGUUGUCGUUGCCGAGUUGCACACGCAGUUUCGAGGCAUCAAUGGCUAUGAAACCGACAACCUGGCCGGUAGAUGGGGCCCAGUCUGGGAGGGAAAUGGCCCUCUUGUCAAGAUGUUCGUCUGGUAUUAUCUUGACAAAGAUGGUCAUAUCCGCCUGCUGACUGAGGACGCUUAUGUCAUGAAGGAGGCCUCGAGGGACGUUAUUCGCUCCCAAGAUGACAUGAACAAAUAUCUUGAUGCCUUCAACGCCAACGACUUUGAUAUCUUCCCGCGUUAUUACACACAGGAUGUUGUUAUCUCUCUAGAUAGCAAGCAGACCCUUGAAGGCAAAGAUGAGGUCGUCAGCUUCUUUCGCAAUGCGCGCAACAAUAUACUCGAGGAGGUUGAUAUUCAAUCUAUUGCCCUUAGCCCGAAUGCAGUUGCCAUCAAGUCCAACAUCAAAUUCACUGCUCUUGCGAAUAUAGAGGAUAUCUUACAGUUCGGCUCGGGAGUAAGAGAGGGGGGAGGUUACGAGGCCCAGUUCCUGAUUUAUUACGAGCUGAACCCUGAAGGAAAGAUUCACAGAAUCACUGCCGCCCAUUCCGCACCUGUUAAGAUUUUUAAUCCUUGGAAGCAGUCUUAA